AAACGAUGAAAAGCUGCGAAAUCAGUCUGUGUGUCUGGUGCGUCCUCGUGAGGUAUUUAUCCAUCAACCUGAAGACAAACUGUCCUCGUGCCCUGUAGACAGACCUUCGGACAUUCAGACAUUCGGACAGACGGACUCUAACUGUGGACAUGGCUUGUGCAGAACUCGCUCUUCUGAGUGUGUCGGAUAAAACUGGCCUGGUGGAGUUUGCUCAAAGGCUGGUGGAUGUGGGGCUGUCCCUGGUGGCCUCAGGUGGGACCGCCAAAGCCCUGAGGGAUGCGGGACUAGCUGUCAGGGAUGUAUCUGAGCUGACUGGACAUCCAGAGAUGCUGGGAGGAAGAGUGAAGACCCUCCAUCCUGCUGUCCAUGGAGGCAUCCUGGCCAGGAAGACCCCCAGUGACACGGCAGACAUGGAGAAGCUGGGUUAUAAUCUGGUCAGAGUGGUGGUGUGUAACCUGUACCCAUUUGUAAAGACUGUCUCUAACCCGACUGUUACAGUAGAGGACGCAGUGGAGCAAAUUGACAUCGGUGGUGUAACUCUGCUGAGAGCAGCGGCAAAGAAUCAUGCCCGGGUCACCAUUGUGUGUGACCCCUCUGACUAUUCACUGGUUGCCAAGGAGUUGGAGAGUUCAGGGGACAAAGAUACAACCCUAGAGACUCGCCGGACUCUGGCCCUCAAAGCCUUCACACACACAGCCCAAUACGAUGAUGCCAUAUCGGACUACUUCCGUGGACAAUACAGCCGUGGUGUUUCCCAGCUGCCUUUGCGUUACGGCAUGAACCCCCACCAAGCACCCGCCCAGCUCUACACCCUGCGUCCAGCCCUCCCCCUUCAAGUGGUUAACGGUUCCCCUGGUUUUAUUAACCUGUGUGAUGCUCUGAACGCCUGGCAGCUGGUCAGGGAACUGAAGAACGCCCUCGGCAUGGCCGCUGCCACCUCCUUCAAACACGUCAGCCCUGCUGGAGCUGCAGUAGGAGUUCCUCUGACUGAGGAGGAGGCCAAGGUGUGUAUGGUGCACGACAUGCUGCAGGAUCUGAGCCCACUGGCCACGGCAUACGCUAGAGCAAGAGGUUCAGACCGAAUGUCUUCCUUUGGGGAUUUCAUUGCUCUGUCAGAUGUGUGUGAUGUUCCUACAGCCAGGAUUAUUUCCAGAGAGGUGUCUGAUGGUGUCAUUGCUCCUGGUUAUGAAGAAGAGGCUCUCAAGAUCCUCUCUAAAAAGAAGAACGGAAACUACUGCGUCCUUCAGAUGGACCCUGACUAUGUCCCUGAUGAGGCUGAGGUGAGAGUGCUGUUUGGCCUGUAUCUUAAACAAAAGAGAAAUGGAGCUCUUAUAAACAAGGAAUUCUUCAGCAACAUCGUUUCCAAGGGCUCGCUCUCUGAAGAUGCUGUGCGGGAUCUCGUCGUGGCCACCAUCGCUGUCAAGUACACUCAGUCUAACUCUGUCUGCUAUGCUAAGAAUGGACAGGUUAUUGGGAUUGGUGCUGGUCAGCAGUCUCGUAUCCACUGCACACGACUGGCAGGUGAUAAGGCCGACAACUGGUGGCUGAGACAUCAUCCGCGUGUCCUGAACAUGAAGUUUCGCAGUGGUGUGAAAAGAGCAGAAAUGGCCAACGCCAUCGAUCAAUUUGUCAGUGAUACCAUUGGAGAGGGCCCUGACUUGGCUGUGUGGAAGUCGAUGUAUGAUGAGGUGCCCGAAACUUUAUCAGCAACUGAAAAGAAGAACUGGAUCAGCUCCCUGCAGGCGGUAGCAGUCAGCUCUGAUGCCUUCUUCCCCUUCAGAGAUAACAUAGAUCGUGCUAAACGGAGCGGUGUUGAGUACAUUGCAGCUCCAGCAGGUUCCGCUGCUGACCAGGUUGUGAUUAACGCCUGUAAUGAGCAGGGCAUCACCCUGGUGCACACCAGCCUUCGCCUGUUCCACCACUGAGCACCUGAACACUUUGCACACCCAGUGUUCUGUAAACUCACAAUUCUCUUGAAACGUGGAAAACCUUUUUCUAACAUUGUUGUUACUCUUAACAUUCCUACUGAUGCUUAAUAAAGUACUCGCAUCUGCACUAUUUUGUAACACUAACUGCAUUUCUAAUGUGUGGUCCUAACAUGGAGAUAACUGAUGUUGUCCUCAUCAGGCUGUCACGGUUCAAGUAUUAAAUAAACUGUUACUGUCAAGU